AUGUCUAACUCUAUUGUGCCUAAUGUGUACAGUGGCGUAAUAAAGGAUGUCAUUCAAAAUGUGAAAAAAGACUUUGAAGAUAAUGGUGUCGAUGAAUCAGUUUUAAUGGAACUAGAACGCAUAUGGGACAAAAAGAUUAGAGGCGCAAAAGUUGCACUUUGGGAAGCAGGGACCAACGGGUUAUCAAAUGAUGACAUCAAUCAAAACAGUGACGUUACAAAUAUUUCUCAUCAUCAGCAUCCGCCGCCUCAAUCUGAUUCCAAUCAAAAGUAUCAACCUGGUGACGUAUCAGUCGCAUCUCUUCCAAGCCGUGCGAUUUCAAAUACUCAUUCCGAUCCUAACAGUGUAGGCAGGCCUCCACAUAAUCCUAUCAAAAAUGUUAAUGUUAAUACAUCUCUGGUACAUGUAUCACUGGCUCCUCCAUCAUCUGCUUCACCCGAUAUUUCGAACAGAAGCAGCUCAGCGAUGCCUAUAAACAUUCAAACUGAUGUAGCAAACGCGUCAUCAAAUAAAGCUUUAGAUCAAAAGUUUAUGUUCUCUCAGGGCCCACAUUCGAAGGGUUUACAGGAAAAUCAAAAUCUCGAUAAGCUCAUUCCUCGUAACGUUAAUAAUAACAUUAUAAGUCAUCCGACUCCACAACACCUCCCCGAGUUCAGUCGACCAUAUGCGGAAAGUGAUGAUAUUAAUUCUGAUCUUGAUGAUUCAGAUGAAGAAACCAAUGCCGAGGGUGAAGAAACACAAAAUAUUAUUUUAUGUUUAUAUGACAAGGUUACUCGUACAAAGAAUAAAUGGAAGUGCCAAUUGAAAGAUGGUAUCAUGUCAGUGAAUGGACGUGAUUACCUCUUCCAGAAAGGCAAUGGUGAUUUUGAGUUUUAA